AUGAAGAAAGAAAAAAUGAAGGCUUAUUUAAAAGGGUUGCCCCAAAACAUGAUGGUAAUGGUCAGGAAUUCCAAAGCCUCCACCCUUAGAGAGGCAAUCGAAGGGGCAAAGAUCAUGGAGUCAGUGUACAACAAAGGGAGAGAAGAGAAAGCGGCUAGCAGUGAAAAAAGGAAGUGGGAAGGUCAUCAUGCACCUUCCAAGAGACCAAACCAUCUCAACAACAACCGUGGAGUUUAUCCUAGACAAGAGGCCAAGUGGUGUCCCAAAUGUCGCAGUAAACAUCUCGGCCCGUGCACCACCAACCCUACUCCUGUAAAGUGCUUUAAGUGCGGAAAGACAGGCCACACACGAAAUGAUUGUCCAAUCAAAGGACCCAUCUGUUUUGGAUGCGGAGAGCCGGGUCAUUUCAAGAAUGAUUGCCUGAAGUUAAAGGCGGGAGGGAGUUAG